CGCCUGCGGAACCAGGGAAGAGGUUGCCGCGUCUCGAAGCAGCGGGUUCUGAGGGGACGGAGCGGCGGCGCUGAGGGGAAAGAAUGGCGACGAUGGCGGAGGCGGAGGAAUUCCAGCGGAUCCAGGGAGCGGCGGCCGACUGGCUGCUGUGGGACAAGAAUUCCAAAACCAGAGACACUGUAAAGCAUCUGCUUGCAAAUCGGAAUACAGAAGAACUCCGGAAAUGUUUUGGUUCACGGAUGGAAUUUGGGACUGCCGGGCUCCGAGCACCUAUGGGAACAGGAACAUCUCAGAUGAAUGAUUUGACUAUUAUUCAAACUACUCAGGGAUUCUGUAGGUACCUUGAAAAGAGCUUCACUGACCUGAAGAAAAGAGGCGUUGUGAUUAGCUACGAUGCCCGUGCUCAUCCUUCAAGUGGGGGUAGCAGCAAAAGAUUUGCAAGGCUUGCUGCGACAGCAUUUAUCAGUCAAGGCAUUCCUGUGUACCUUUUCUCCAACAUCACACCGACUCCUUUUGUGCCUUAUGCAGUGACUCACCUGAAACUUUCUGCUGGAAUUAUGGUUACUGCAUCUCAUAACCCAAAACAAGACAAUGGAUACAAGGUUUAUUGGGGAAACGGCGCUCAGAUAAUUUCACCUCAUGAUAAAGGAAUUGCUCAAGCUAUUGAAGAAAACCUAGAGCCAUGGCCUCAAGCUUGGGAUGACAGCCUGAUUGAUAAAAGUCCCCUACUACACGAUCCUUAUUCAUCUAUUAACAAGGACUACUUUAAGGACAUACAGAAGCACUGCUUUCACAGGGAUAUAAACAAGGAGACAAAGCUGAAAUUUGUCCACACUUCUGUGCACGGUGUAGGCCAUGAGUUUGUGCAGUCAGCCUUUAAGGCAUUUGACUUUAGCCCUCCAUUUGCUGUUCCUGAACAGAAGGAGCCUGAUCCAGAAUUUCCAACAGUAAAAUAUCCAAAUCCCGAGGAGGGUAAAGGCGUACUGACACUGUCUUUUGCCUUGGCCGAAAAAGAAGGAGCUCGGAUUAUUUUAGCCAAUGACCCAGAUGCUGAUCGACUUGCUGUUGCAGAGAAACAAGAAAGUGGAGAAUGGAAGGUGUUUUCUGGCAAUGAAUCAGGAGCUCUUUUGGGCUGGUGGAUCUUCACUUGCUGGAAAAAGCAGAAUCAGGAACCCGCUGCCAUCAAAGAUGUAUACAUGCUUUCGAGCACGGUGUCCUCCAAAAUCUUAAGAGCAAUCGCACUCAAGGAAGGAUUUCACUUUGAAGAAACAUUAACAGGAUUCAAGUGGAUGGGAAACCGAGCCAAGCAGCUCAUGGACCAGGGAAAAACGGUCUUAUUUGCUUUUGAAGAAGCGAUUGGAUAUAUGUGCAGCCCUGUGGUCUUGGAUAAAGACGGUGUCAGUGCUGCAGUAAUAACUGCGGAGAUGUCUGCUUUUCUGGAAACCAAGAAAUUGACUUUGUCUCAGCAACUGAAAAACAUUUACAAUGAGUACGGCUACCAUGUUACUAAAGCUUCCUAUUUUAUCUGUCACGAUCAGAAGAUUAUUAAGGAGCUAUUUGAGAAGCUUAGAAAUUAUGAUGGGAAGAACACUUAUCCAAAGACCUGUGGGAGAUUUGCAGUGUCUGGAGUACGGGAUCUAACUACAGGCUAUGACAGUAACCAGACUGAUAAAAAAGCUGUGCUUCCCACCAGUAAAAGCAGUCAAAUGAUAACAUUUACGUUUACUAAUGGAUGUGUGGCUACCAUGCGAACCAGUGGAACCGAACCCAAAAUCAAAUACUACUCAGAGCUUUGUGCACCUCCUGGAAACAGUGACUUUGAAAAGCUGAAGAAAGAACUGGAUGAACUGGUCAGUGCAAUUGAAAAAUAUUUCUUUGAGCCAGAGAAGAAUAAGCUGCAGCCCAAGCCAGAGUGAUACAGCUGUCCCUGUUUUCAUCUCUACACAAACAAUACUUUCUACAGUUAAUUGGAUAAUAUGUAUAAAUCACUUGUUUCCAUGAAUUAAGGGUGCACAAACUCGACUGUAAUUUCACCAUUUUGAGUAGUAUGUUUGCAUGUUUCAUCUGUCUUGCGUGCUCGUAUUUUGAGGGGAAAUAAGUCUUCCCUUGGCAAAUUCUCCUUCAACCAAUUUCCUGAUGAAAUUGCAUUUGUUUUUACUAAAAUAGUUGGUGGUGUCUGUUGACACAAGGAAUGUCCCCCACCAUAGCUCACAAAUGGAAGUGCAGAAAGUGCUCAGUAAUGGAUGCAGAUUUUAUGUUACAAGGCUUUGCAUUCAAUUGUAAGCUUGUAGGAUUACCACACAUACAGGUUUCCUGAUCUAUCAUGCUUGUCUCCAUUAGAACUUUUUAAACUUUUCACAGUCAUCUCACUCCUGUUGGUGUGUGCAUGUUGAAAAGUUGCCUCUUCACUUUCUUAUAUUCUCAAAUUGGUCAGUGUCUCCUAGUUUUCCAGCUUUGCUCCCCAUCCCUUGCAUGCCUAAUCUCUUUGGUUGCAAGCAUGAGAGCAAAAUCUGUUUCUCUUUUUUGACUCACAAUACCUAGUUACCAGAAGUACCGUACUCCAGAAAUAAUAAUAAUUAUAAUUACAAAAUGUAGGGUCUGCCUUGUCAGAAUAAGCUGCAGUAAAAUCAGCACAUCAAAGACGUGGUAUAGUCCCCAGUGCAGACAAGCCAGUUGCCUAACCUGAAACAGCACAGGCUGUUUAUCAUAUAUCUGAAUCUUGAACUUGUAACAAAACAACAGUAGGUAUAGUUCUACCAAUAACAGAGACAAUGGAUUCAGCUCUGCAAGAUGCUUAUUUCCAGUGCUUUUUUCCUGGGGGGAUGCAGGGGUACGCAUACCCCUAAACAUUUUGUGAAUUAAGUUUGGCCUCAUUGAGGGGCAGUAUUUCAAUAUGAGUAUGAAAAUGAGAGUACCCCUAAAUAUUUUUUUAGAAAAAAGCACUGCAUAUUUCUAUAAUUAUGUACUGUUAACCAGUGUAAACAUAAGAAAAUCAGACAAUUAUUCAGUCAGUUGCCCUAUAUAUUCUGAGAUAUUUUCAAAAAUCAUUGGUUCUACGGAAUAUGAUCUCUUCUGUCUGUAUUGCUUAUUUCUAAUUACAGUACCUGCUCCUCCCCUUUACUGAUUGCUUUAGGCUUGUUUGGGUUUUGCUUUGUUCUUAUCAAGGGAACAGCAUUAGCUUUAUAGCAGCUAGCUAUCUAAAGACAAGAGUCCUGUUUUCCAUGACUAAUCCCUCCAAAUGGAAGCAGAAUAAAAAAUUACCUGUCUCAAUGACGUAUUGCCUAGAGUAGUAGGUUUUUUUCUGAGCCACACUUUGCUCAUGCUGCCCGGAGUCUUUUCCAGCACUCUGUUUGAAUGGCAAUUCUGAAUCACAAGCAGGAUUGUCCUCUGUAUCACUUGAUGCUCUUGCUCUCAUAUGAAAAAGAUAUCUAUCCAUAUUCUGCAAAUUAAAAAAAAAACAUUUUGAUGCUAUGCUUUACUACACUGAAAUGUUUAAAUGUUUCUUUGAUUGUCCUUGAAUCUUCCUGCCACACUUGCCACCUACCCCUGCUGCACUCUUUGAAAAUCACUGCCUGAAGUUUUGAUUACAAAAAAGACAAUUUCUUUCUUCAUGAAUGACUUGAAUGACAAAUCAGAGAUAGGAUGUGCAAUUUUUCUUAAAAUUGUUGACUGAUGUGAAACUCUUGGGAUCCUAGCCAAUCUGUCAUCCAUGAUUGGUUUUUU